UCACUCGGCUUUUCCAAGCAUUAUUUUCCUUGAACAUAUUGUGUAUUCAGAGACAUUUAAAGAAAUGUUGUUUCAGAAACUUAGCUUGUCAAAAUCGAAGUUUUAAGCAAUAAAAAUGGAAAACCAAGUUACUAUGAAUAAGAAGAUUGAUUAUAUAGAACCGUGACGGCAUUACUCUUUUGUACAGCCCCAGUGGCCUAAUGGAUAAGGCACUGGCCUCCUAAGCCAGGGAUUGUGGGUUCGAGUCCCAUCUGGGGUGGUUGCCUUUUCAAAUUCUCUGUGACGAAAAACUUACAACUAUGAGGAUCAUUAUAGAGACGAACAAAGUUUCAAUCACAGCAACCGAAAAACAGCGCUCCACCGACCUCUUGAGAAAUCACACACUUCACCGUCGCUCUCAAUAGAAGUAAUCAAAAUAAGAACGAUUAGUGAUUGAAAUACAUGAAAGGCAGAGAUUCGCAGGAAAAUAUCAGCUGACAUGGAGAAGCAGUGCAUCAAACUGUGCGUACUGCUGAGCACUUUGGCUGCAUCAACUUACCACCUCCAAGAGGCCACUGUGUACUGGGAUGCUGCCCAGAAAAGUGUCAUCCUGAAGGAGGGGGUGAUGGAGACAGAGGGGGGAGCCUACGGUUACUUCAAUGACACUCUGCUCCUCUCUGGAUGGGGCGUCUUGGAGAUCAGCGCAGGUCAUGGAGGAAUCACGCAGGAAGACGAGACCACCUUCUUCCUGGCUGGGUACCUGGAAGGUCAUCUCACUGCUGGACAGAUGUUCAACCAUUACGCCAACAUGUACCCUCAACUCAUAAAGGAUGAGAGGGUUUUGAAUCCCCUGAAAAGAUUUUUAAGCAAACAGGACCAGUGGGCCAGAGAGCAGGUGAAACUAAGGAGAUACAGCGACCCCUUGUGGAAGCAUCUGGGACUGAUCCUGGCCCAGCUGGACGGACUCCACGCCGGAGCUGCACAGUGGGCCAAAAGCAAACACAGAGAGCCUCUAUCAGCGUUUGCCUUCCAGUUUCUGAAUGGUGUUGGCGACCUCCUGGACCUCGUCCCAGCUCUGACACCUCGCUCCAACUCCUCCACAGGGGCCGGCGCUUUCAGGAUGCCAGGAAUGGGCCACUGCACGGCUCUCAUCAAGGUGCUACCAGGCUUUGAGAACCUGCUGUUUGGCCACUCAAGCUGGUAUACGUAUGCAGCCACCAUGCGUAUCUAUAAACACUGGGACUUCAGGGUGUCUGACACACACACCGCCACUGGAAAGAUGUCGUUCAGCAGCUACCCUGGCUUCCUGAUGUCUCUGGAUGACUUCUACCUUCUUGGAAGCGGCCUGCUGAUGACUCAGACCUCCAUCAGCGUCUUCAACGUCUCUCUGUUCUCUCAGCUCAGCCCUCACAGCCUGCUGGCCUGGCAGAGAGUCCGCCUGGCCAACAGCCUGGCACACAGCGGGGAGGAGUGGGCGCACAUCUUCUCCAAAUACAACUCAGGUACAUAUAACAGCCAGUACAUGCUGGUGGACCUGAGCAGGGUUUCUCUGGGUCACAGUAUCAGGAAUGGAGCUCUGAUUGUGGUGGAGCAGAUUCCCGGGAAAGUGAUGCACUCUGAUCAGACUCAAGCUUUACGCAGAGGUUAUUGGCCAUCUUACAACAUACCAUUUCAUAUUGAAAUCUACAACCUGAGUGGGUACAGUGUGAUGUGGAAGAGAUACGGAGAAGACUUCUCUUACGACCUCUGUCCCCGGGCCAAAAUCCUCCGCAGGGACCAGGCUAAGGUGUCUGACCUCAGCUCCCUCAAACACAUCAUGAGAUACAACAACUACAAGAGAGACCCCUACUCCAAAGGCCAUCCAUGUAAAACCAUCUGUUGCCGUAACGACCUGAGACCAAGGAGACCACGUCCAGGAGGUUGCUAUGACACUAAGGUGACGGACUACCAGAUGGCUGUCCAGCUGGUCGCGGAGGCAGUGAACGGCCCCACGACGCAGGGGGGCCUGCAUCCGUUCUCAUGGCAAUCCUUCAACCUCUCGACUCAUCAGGGUCUCCCACAGACCUACAACUUUCCCUUCGUCACCAUGAUGCCCACACUGCGUCGGCCCUGAGAGCACAGAGACAGAAGAUACCACUCAUCCACUUAGAACAGGUCAUGCUUUCCUAUUCAAAUCAGUAAUCCGAAAAGGUUUUGUCACAACCCUGAACAUCCUGUUGGUGCACCUGUGAUUACUGGGCACAAUGUAAUAGCUUAGCAAAAUAUGAUAAAAAUGUCCCUCUAAUUUGGUCAAAAAUGCGGAUGGAAAUAUAAGCAAAGUUUAAAUUCUCAGAGACAGUGCAUUAUCACAAAUGAGUCAUUAAAGGGUUAAAUACAGACAUGGGACAGUCUGAUUGACUUAAUUUCCCAUUGUCAAAUGUGCAGUCCAUUUCAAUUUAGUGUUACAGUCAUUUAUUUUAUAUUGAAAUAAUGCCAGUCUGAGGCAGAAGGACACUGGCUUGAUUGUUUGUUAUUAAACUAUUUACUAAUCCAUUAGUACAUCAUCUUAAAAUGCAUUUUGAAAUCAAUUUGCUUGUUUCUACUGAACUAUAGCCAUUAGACACAGUGAGCUGAGUCUAAUGGCUAUUCCUGUUCCAGUUGAAAUCACUACUGCUCUUUUUUCCCAGUAUCCAUCCAAGAGUGGCAGCAUCAUGACAGUGUACUCUGAAUUAACAUGUGGAUAAUUGACUUGUGUUUUCACAGACUGUUUAAAUAUUUGUUCCACAAAGUUUGGGAUUUUAGCCAUCAGCGGAAUGCGUUAUUUAUAUAUAUAUAAUUUUUGAAAUAAAUACUAAUUUAUUUGUUUGUUGUUUUCGAUUAUAGUUCUAUGCAAUAUUUACUCAGGUUCACACAGUGUGGAACGAAAUUAUCUGACUGACUUUAUAUAAAUAUUAACGAUAAUAAAGUAUUUAUAUAUUGUGAAA